AUGCCAAACCUCCAAGCCAAGCACAAGGUCGGGCGGUUGGAGUAUGCCAAGCGCCACCUCCGUGAGUCAACCAAUUGGACUGAAAUCAUCUGGUCCGACGAGAAG